CGUCGGAAAGAAGAAGAUGAGAAAGGGCCCUGACGCAUCAUCAAAGCUCCCUGCAGGUGUUGUUCCCGACAACACGCUGCCGCCUGAAGAUGCUCAAGAUGGAGCGUAUCAAGGACUACUUACUCAUGGAAGAAGAGUUUGUAGUGAACCAGGAGAGACUGAAGCCUCAGGAGGAAAAGACAUUGGAAGAGCGAUCCAAGGUCGAUGAUCUCCGGGGAACACCCAUGAGCGUCGGCACGCUUGAGGAAAUUAUUGACGACGACCAUGCCAUUAUCUCGACAAGUAAUGGACCCGAAUAUUAUGUCAGUAUUCUCUCCUUCGUGGACAAAGAUUUGCUGGAGCCCGGAUGCUCGAUUUUGCUUCACCACAAGACUAUGUCCGUUAUUGGAGUUCUUCAGGACGAUGCCGACCCUAUGGUCAGCGUCAUGAAGUUGGAAAAGGCUCCUACGGAAUCGUAUGCAGACAUUGGUGGUUUAGAGGCACAGAUUCAGGAAAUCAAGGAAGCUGUCGAGCUGCCCUUAACCCACCCCGAGUUGUACGAAGACAUGGGUGUGAAGCCUCCUAAGGGCGUCAUUUUGUAUGGUGUGCCCGGAACAGGCAAGACUUUGCUCGCUAAGGCUGUCGCCAACCAGACCUCUGCGACCUUCUUGCGUGUCGUUGGAUCGGAGCUGAUCCAAAAGUACCUUGGAGAUGGUCCAAAGUUGGUCCGUGAGCUGUUUAGAGUUGCAGAAGAAAACGCACCGUCGAUUGUGUUCAUUGAUGAAAUUGACGCCAUUGGUACCAAGAGAUAUGAAUCGAAUUCUGGAGGAGAGCGUGAGAUCCAGAGAACCAUGUUGGAGCUGCUGAACCAGUUGGACGGAUUCGAUUCACGAGGAGACGUCAAAGUCAUUAUGGCCACCAACCAGAUUGAGUCCUUGGACCCCGCCCUGAUUCGUCCAGGACGAAUCGAUCGCAAGAUCGAGUUCCCCAUGCCUGAUGUCAAGACCAAGCGCCGUAUCUUUAACAUUCACACUGGGCGCAUGCAGCUCGCGGACGAUGUGGAUUUGGAGGAAUUUGUUAUGUCAAAGGACGAACUUUCUGGAGCUGAUAUCAAGGCUGUGUGCACAGAGGCCGGUUUGUUGGCACUGCGUGAGCGUCGUAUGAAGGUCAAGGCGGAUGACUUUAAGAAGGCAAAGGAGAAGGUGUUGUACAGGAAGAACGAGGGUACACCUGAAGGACUGUACCUGUAAACCAUAGCCGAACAAAAUAAACUGGCAUUGGAAAAUAAAGCACAACAGCAAUCGGUUAUCUUCAAUAAUCGGGUUUUGCACAGCAGAAC